AAAUCCAAGGCAAUCACAGCACAGGACAAAAGUUUAGAGCAGCGAUAUGUAGACGAAGAGACGGCGCACUUUCCCCACCGAGUUUUUUUGUUUGCCUGCGCGACCGGUUGAGUCCUGUGUUAACUGUGUAUAAAAAGUGAGGCUAUAGGCUGCGCUGAGAGGGGAACAUACAGGAGACGACGGAGGCGCUUCAGCCAGCAAAGAAGUGCCGUGAGAAAGAUACCGUCUCUCUCUCUCUUUCUCUCUCUCUCUUUCUCUCUCCUUCUUUCUCACACACACACACGCACACAACACACAAUACCACAAGCCACAGCCGCGCCCGGAUCACAUCCUACAGCACAGCGCUCUCCCCUGCUCUCCUGCUAUAGCAUGGCCAGUUCGAGUAAAGCGACUUUAAUCUUGCUCAUCUACGGAAUCUUAAUGCACUACAGCGUCUUCUGCACACCUAUCGGACUAAGUUACCCUAAGAUUAGACUUGAAAACGACGCCUUCGAUGAGGAUGGGAAUUCAUUAUCCGACAUGGGUUUUGAUAGCGAUCAGAUUGCUAUACGAAGCCCACCAUCCCUGAACGACGACGCGUACACCCUGUACUACCCACCAGAGAAGAGACCAGAAAGGCAUGCUGAGGAAGAAUUAGAUAGAGCCUUGAGGGAGAUCCUGGGUCAGUUAACAGCGAGACAUUAUCUGCAUUCUCUGAUGACAAUUCGUGCAGGUGAAGACAACAGCAUGGAGGACGAGUCAGAGCCCUUAUCCAAAAGACAUUCAGAUGGGAUCUUCACCGACAGCUACAGUCGCUAUAGAAAGCAGAUGGCCGUGCAGAAAUACCUGGCAGCGGUUCUGGGAAGAAGGUACAGACAGAGAGUUAGGAACAAGGGACGCCGACUUGCCUAUUUGUAGCGUUGUUAAAGCGCCCCCCACCCUCUCCCCAAAAAAAAAAAACAAAAAAACAACUGCCCUCCUGUGUAUAUACAUCCAGUCGUUAAAUCAAAGUCAUUCAGAUAUAUCUGACCAACCAGUGGAUUGCGCCUGUGUUCUUUCAACAUGUAUUUAUGUAUGAAGUAAAGCCAUUAAAAUGAAUAUUUUAAUAAUAA